CCGAGGGGCACUGUGGAGGGCAUCUGGGCUGAGGUCAGGCCCAUCCUGAGCCUUUGGCUGGCUCCCCCUGGUCCCUGCCAGGGACAGGGUCCCGAUCCCAUGUUCUGUGGCCUCUGAGGCCCGAGAGGAUGAGGAGGAGAUGCUGGGGGUCCAGGGCUGCUGGGCAGGACAGCGUCAGCUUGCUCCAUUGUGCUCCACUGUGCCCAAAGAGGGCACAGGGCCAGGCCCACCCUAGUGCGCUUCAGCCCGGGGUGGCCUUGCAGGGCCAAGAUGAGCCUAGGAAUAGAUCUCCUGGCUGCCUGACCCCACGUGGAAGGAAGGCCACUUUCCUGGCAGCAGCAGUGUGCUCGGAGCUGAGAGAUGACCUAGACGCAGUCUUCAUCCUUGAGGGGUCUGAUGUUUGGGGACUGUUGCAGAAAGAGACUGGGUCCCCUCUGGCCUCUUGUUCGUUCCUCCCACAGACCGGGCACCUGUUGGGUCCUGUACCCUGUUCGAGGGGCCAGGGCUGCUCAUGUCCCAAGGACACCACAGCCUGGCCAUGUGCUCAGGCUGCUGUGGGAGCCGCAGGGGGAAGGGACCGUGACUGCACCCAGCUUCCCAGGGGAGAUGACACGGUGGAGUCUGGGAGUGGCUUUACCAGGGAAGAAUUGAGGAAGGACACCCAGGCCACAGGGAUGGCGUGUGCAAAGGUGUGGGUGUGCGUGUGGGUUUUUUCCGGGAACAUCAGGUGUGUUCAGACCUUCUGGGGAAGGGUGAGAGCCGCUGCCCAUGAAGACGGGGAUCUGCACUGCAGAGGCCUGCACUGCUGGGCCCUGGAGUCUGGGCUUUCCCUGGGGGCAGUGUUAGCUUUGCAGGGCUGGAGGUUAGGAAUUAGCCCCACUUAGCAGACAAGAAAACUGAGGCACAGUGCUAGUAAGUGGGGUUUCUUCGACGACACCCACAGUAGAGAAUUUUGGAGAACAGGGCUGGACACAUAUGACCCUCAGGAUGCUUCUGACCAGAGUGAGACACUGCACUCGCUACCACUCACCACGCCCCCACCCCUCCACACACAGAAAAAAUACACUGUGGGGUCCAGGGCUGAUCUGUCCCCAGCAGAGGACCCCGAGCCCCAGACGCUUGGCCUCCUGCAGGUUUGCCCCUCUUGUCCCUCAAGGCCGUCCUGCCUGCUUCCUGCAUCCUGAGCAGAGACUGUGGCAGUGUUCUCCGAGUCCUGUCACUGUCCAGAGCAUCUGUUCCGGGCAAGGUGAAUGCAGGCCUGUCUGUCCUCCUCGGUCCUGGCCAGCCUGAAGGCCCCAGGCCUCUCCCAUCCUGGCUGGGGCAUGGGGAGGUCAGGGAAGGGGGCUCCCGGAUUUCUGCUGCUGCCACUGCCAAAGCUCCGGGCAGCCGGGGUGACUAGCUCCCCCUGAGGUUUGUCUGCCCCUUGCUGAGCGGGGUCAGCUGGAGGAUGCAGGAGAUGCUAUCUGCCCACUCCCUGCAGGCACCGCACUCAGGGAGAGGAAGGUGCGCCUCUGACGUCCGCAAACUUGGUCGACCGUGGCCUGUAGGUCUUUGAAAUUCACCCAAGGCCCAGCGUGGCUGAGUGACCAAGAUGGGGGCAGGGAGUGAGAGGCAGAGGGAGCCACCAGGGUCCUGGUUGGCAGGCAGCACUGGGGACUGAGGAUCAGACACACUGGGCUUCAGGAAGUGGGCAGCUCUGGCCUCCAUCCCUUGCCCCUGGGCUCUUGGAGACCUUGAUCCAAAACAAAACACUGUAAAGAGGGACUUGGGGGGGCAUCUGAUGCUGUGUCUGGGACUCAGGAGGUGCCCGUGUGUGCCCGCAGGCACCUGGUGGUCCGGGGGGAGCGGUGAACCUGGCUCCAGCUCUCCAUGCCUGACCCGGCUGGGACCUCCGGGCAGCGGAGGCUACUUCAGAGCCCUGAUGCUCUGCCAGCCCCCUCCUCUGGCUUCCCCUUCUGCAGCCUGCAGGGGCAGCCCUGGGCCAGGCAACGAUGGUCACAGACUUGGGGCUACAAGUUGAGUGGACUACAGAUACCUGGUGUGCAUCAGAGCUUUCUAACCCCCUAACGCAGGGCGUGAGGCCUAUCCCCUUGGUGGCCAGGGUCCUUGCCUGGCACUAGCCCUGCCCUGGUGGCCCUGUGGCCCUGUCCCCUGUGGCUGACCGUGCCCCGUGCUGCUUGGCCGUCUUCCGUCCCAGGGCCCCAGCACUUGGGGGAAGGGCAGUGUGUAGGGCUUGUCUGGUGGAAUUUAUAUGGAGCCUGCUUCCUGGCUGCUCGCUAUGUCUGAGCAGGCACCUGAGAGAGCAGCCAGCGUCUCCUGGACACUCUGGGCAGUGCUGUGCGGUGUCAGCUCCCACCUUGGAUGUCAAACACUUAACCUGCCCAGCACCCAGUCCCUGGUCUUCCUGUAUUAGUCAGCAUUUCACCGCUGCGACAAGACACCUGCCAUACACAGCCUACAUGGAGGAACUGCUUGUGUUGGCUCACAUUUCAGUGGUUCAGUCCAUGGCCAGCUGACGGCAGAACCAUCAUGACAGAGGGCAUGGCAGGGGAAAGCUGCUCACCUCAUGGCAUCCAGGAAGCAGGAAGAGGAGGCCAGGGACCAGCCAGGGUCCCCUAGGCCCCACCCCGCAGCCCACCCAGGCAGGUCCGGAAGUGGCUUUGCUAAUCUCAGAGGCGUCUCAGCCAGUCCAGCUGCAGGCAGACCAAGUGCCACACUUGACACCAGAACAUCCACUCCCAGGACCCCUCAGCUUUCCCAGCGACUGCUCCAUCCUUCCAGUCUCGCCUGCGUGACUGCUUUCUCGCCCCCAAGUGCAAACUAGACACCUACAAAUCCCAGUGGCUUCCCCUUCAAAACUAAAGUGAAUCCAGCCACUUCUUACCAACUACCCCACUGCGCUCAUCUGUUCAGACCCUUCUAUAACCUGUGAGGCCCAACGUGGCUGCUCUGCAUGGACUGCUGGGCCCCUCUCCAGCCAGACUGCUGCUCUAGAACACUGCCUGCCACUUACUUCUGCCUCAGGACCUUCGCACCUGCCCUUCUCUUUGUGGCCUGCCUCCCCCGAAUUCCACCUGGAGCCCCCCCAUUUCUGAGACAUCAUCUUCUUAGGGAGCCUUCCUGACCACUGUCUUUAAACUUGCAACACCGUACAUCUCACAUUGUUCCUCUCUCCUGCGUGAUUUUCCUUUAUUGGACUUGCCACCAUCUAACAUAUUAUUGUAUUGUCUGCGUCCCCUUUUCUCCAUUAGCACAUACAGGGGAGAGGAACUGAGGAUGUGGCUCUGGUACAGCACUUGCCCAGUAUGCUCCAGGCCUUGGGUUCCAUCCCCAGCCAAAAAAAAAACAAAGACAGGAAUGUCCAUCUCCGUUACCUUGGAUUCUCAUGCCUGUAACUGCCAAGUGUGUAGUAGGUGUUCAAGAAAUAACUGUUGACCGACUGACGGAGGCGAGGCUGGGAGGGAUUAUGUCACUUCCCUGUGAUCGCACAGCCUGCUCCUGGUGGCUCCAGAACCUGAGCCUGGGCUCACACAGCUGUUGAUGAGACUGGGAGGGGAGAGACCUGGAACACGGGACAGCACUCAGCUGAGGCCACAGGGAAGGCACGGGGCUCAGGAAGGCUCCAGCCGGAAGAGAGGAGCAGUGUGGUGGGUCUGCUCCUGGCAGCAACCAGAAAAUCGCGGCAUGAUUCUGAGCAAGUGGCUCCCGUCCCAGCCUCUUCGUCCUUGCUGGGCAAGGGACAGAAUGAAGGCUUCCUCUGCUGGCCCGGUGGAGUCUGGCCCUGUCUUACAGGGUGCAUGGUGGCCUCCGACAGUGCCCCUGGCUCCUCCUUCCUCCUCCUGUGCCACCCACUUUUCUGGUUCCGGCAGGAAGUGCUGGUGGCUGGUGUGUGCCCAGGAGGAAGUAAAAGGCAGGUGGACAGCUGUGCCCUCUUACCUGGGAGGGAGGCAGUGGGCAGGCUGGCUGGGUCUCUGAGGGCCUCCACUGCUGCUGUCCCACACCACCCACUGCCCAGCACCCCUCAACACCCAUUGCUCUUCCCUGGCACCAACUGCACAAAGACAGCCCCACAUGGCUCCCUGGCCUGAGCACAAAGGCCACACUGUGCCUUGCCCUGGACUGGCCUCAGGCUAUGUCACACUGAACCCUUCUGUCCCCAGCUGGGGGUGAGAGGCAGACAGCACCAAGGUGACAGGCCUUUUUCCUGUCUCCCUUCCCCCUCGGCCCCCAAAUCUGAGGAGCUGACUCUACCAAGAGAAAUGUGACAGAAGCAUCUUGUGUCUUGAGCUUGGGAGCAACAGACCAGUCUCGACCUGUCUGCCCUGUCACACCCAAGACCCUGUGAAGUUCAAUGCGCUGACUGUCCCCAGCAGAGACAGAGGCGUCCUCGCUGUGCUUCGGCCAUCACCAUCAGGAAGCCCAUCCCUGCAUCUGACCACCAUCCCUCUGUGGCAGUGGAGGACAGCUGGUCCCCACCCUCCUGCACUGCUGUGGCCCCAUGUCCCUGCUCAAGUCUGCUGCUCCCAAUUUCACCCUGUCACACCCUCCACACCAGCCCAGCCCCCUACCCUGGUGGCUCCUUGCUCCUAACCGAACUGUGGGAGAAGCUAGUGUGGCUGUCCUCUGUCCUGCAGAAAUUGGGGCCCUCCCGCCCCAACGCUUUGGAGAAGCUCCCUGCACCCCAAGCCAGAUUCACGGCAGCUCCCGGGGGAUUCCUGAGCCACCAGUGCAACUCGCCGUCCUGUAAAGCCCAGGCUGCAGGGUGGCUUAACAUGGAAGCCCUGCUUUUGGAAAGGGGUGUGGCUGGUCUCUCUUAGCCAGCUCAGCCCGCCUGGAGCCACACGCCUACCCCCAGAGUGACCAGGAGGGAUCCGGGCCAUCAGCCUGUGCAGCGCAGUUGAGCUGCUUCCAGGGCAGAGAUGGCUCCUCUCCCGGGGACUCCUGCUCCCCUGGGCCCCUCCCUCCUGCUCGUCUCCCUUCCUGCCUCAGCACAGAGCCCAGUCUGGAAACCUGGCAGAGAAUUAGCCCUCCCCUGCACCCAAAAUGCAUCCCAACUGUGGCUCCAAGUGCAGACUGUGGGAAAUGCUGUGUAAGACUGCACUUUCCCCUGCGCACUGUGAUGCUGCCCGAAAUCUCAGCUACUGCAGAGACCAAGGCUGGAAGGUCACAGGAUUGAGGCUGGCCUGGGCAACUUAGUGAGCUGUCUCAAAAAAAGGGGACAUUUUCCUUGCCUGGCAUGCUCAAGGCAGUCCUGGGUUUGACCCGCAGCAUGGGUGAGAGAAGAGAGCUUCAGUUCCAGAAGCUAAGGGACCCCACCGCUGGCUCCUGAUGAUCAUGAACAAGAUGAAGAACUUUAGGCGUCGGUUCUCACUGUCUGUGCCCCGCACGGAGACCAUCGAGGAGUCUUUGGCCGAAUUCACGGAGCAGUUCAACCAGCUCCACAACCAGAGGAACGAGGGCCUGCAGCUCGGUCCCCUUGGGACAGACCCUACCCUGGAGCCCAGCCCCUUCUCCCCCACAGACGGCGGGGAGGAGCCCGGGCGACUGUCCCCCAGCAUGCAGUACCGGCGACGGCAGAACCAGCGCCGCUUCUCCAUGGAGGACAUCAGCAAGAGGCUCUCCCUGCCCAUGGACAUCCGCCUGCCACAGGAGUUCCUGCAGAAGCUACAGCUAGAGAGCUCAGACCUGCCCAGGCCGCUCAGCCGCAUGUCCCGCCGAGCCUCACUGUCAGACAUCGGCUUUGGGAAACUGGAAACAUACGUGAAGCUGGACAAACUAGGGGAGGGCACCUAUGCCACAGUCUUCAAGGGGCGCAGCAAGCUGACACAGAAUCUGGUGGCCCUGAAGGAAAUCCGGCUGGAGCAUGAGGAGGGGGCACCCUGCACUGCCAUCCGAGAGGUGUCGCUGCUGAAGAACCUGAAGCACGCCAACAUCGUGACCCUGCAUGACCUCAUCCACACAGACCGGUCCCUCACUCUGGUGUUUGAGUACCUGGACAGUGACCUGAAGCAGUAUUUAGACCACUGUGGAAACCUCAUGAGUAUGCACAAUGUCAAGAUUUUCAUGUUCCAGCUGCUCCGGGGCCUGGCCUACUGCCACCGGCGCAAGAUCCUGCACCGGGACCUGAAACCCCAGAACCUGCUCAUCAACGACAGAGGCGAGCUGAAGCUGGCCGACUUCGGCCUGGCCCGGGCCAAGUCCGUGCCCACGAAGACCUACUCCAAUGAGGUGGUGACCCUGUGGUACAGGCCCCCCGACGUGCUGCUGGGGUCCACAGAGUACUCCACGCCCAUCGAUAUGUGGGGCGUGGGCUGCAUCCACUACGAGAUGGCCACAGGGAGGCCCCUCUUCCCGGGCUCCACGGUCAAGGAGGAGCUGCACCUCAUCUUCCGCCUCCUCGGGACCCCUACAGAAGAAACGUGGCCCGGUGUGACGACACUGCCAGAGUUCCGAGCCUACAACUUCCCCGCGUACCUGCCGCAGCCGCUGCUCAGCCACGCCCCCAGGUUGGAUACUGACGGCAUCAACCUCCUGACCGGCCUCCUCCUGUACGAAUCCAAGAGUCGCACCUCAGCAGAGGCAGCCCUGAGUCACCCCUACUUCCGGUCUCUGGGAGAACACGUGCACCAGCUCGAGGACACUGCCUCCAUCUUCUCCCUGAGGGAGACUCGGCUCCAGCAGGACCCGGGGUACCGUGGCUUGGCUUUCCAGCAUCCAGGACGAGGGAAGAACCGGCGGCAGAGCAUCUUCUGAGCUGUGCCCGCUCUGCUGUGGCGAGGGAUGUGAGGUCACGUGAAGCACACAUUUCGGCAGGGCGAGGCCUGUGUGGCUGCCGGAGGACCGAGGAGCAAGAGCCAGGGGCCAGCCUGGAAGACUGGGCAGCCCUGCCGGGCGCAGCUGCCUCCUCUCCCUGUCCCCCAUAACCUCCUGGUGGCCUUGCCUGGACACCAACCCUCUGUCACCUGCCACGGGCUGGGAGGAGCCGCUCCCAGCCCGAAGCACUGGGGCUCAGCGAGGGCCCCUCCUGCAUGGGAAAAUCCAGGUGCUGCGCUGAGCUCUGGGCCAGAUGCAGGCCCACCAUGCCUCCCCCAGGGCCUGCCCGCCUCUCCGGAUUGGCAGCCCCCCUCGGCCCCCAUGGAGCCUGCACACAUUCCACCUCCCUCCUCUGAGAGCCAGAAGGGCCAUGGCACCUUGUGUGGGACUCAAGGGCACGUGUUCCCUGGAGCAGCAGGAGAAACAGCAGUCCUGUCCCUCGAUCCCUGCCCCCUUCUCCUUGCCAGGGCCCACUUGGGCCAAGGCUGAGCAGCACAGGGAUGCCCAGCAGCGCUCCCUGCCUCCACCAGCCCUUCCCGUGUCCCUGAUCUGGAUGGAGUUGCCUUAACUGGCAAGUGGUAGAGUGUGCGCUGUCCUUGGAGCUCUGACCCAGCUCCUGCCUGUCCGCUUCCCAAGGACUGCUCUGCCUGUCUUAUCCCCGAGCACCGAUAAGUCAGGCCCGGGCCAGGGUCCUGAGAGUAGCACCGAGAUAUGCAGGGCCACGGUGACACUGGUGCCAGGCCAGCCUCUGCGCCUUGGCGCUGACAUGGCUCCCAGUCCCCUCCUCCCUCCCUCGCCCUGUGGCUCUGUGCACUUGACCCUGGCACCAGUGCGCUCAGAGGGUGGUCAUGAGCGGAAGCACGUGAAUGCCACAGCCCUAGUAGAGGAAGUGGGGUGGGAGCAGGUUGGGUGGUAAGAGCCCCCGAAGAGGACCCCUCCUCAGCACCCCACAUCCCCAAGGCGUCAGCCUGGCUGAAUCCUGAAGGGCAGAGGCCGAGGGGAGGCUGGGCCUGGCUCCUUCCGCACCCCCAUCCCAGCCCAGGAGCAUCAGGGCUCCCCCAGCCCUCUCUCCUCCCCCACUGUACUGUGAAUGUCCUGUGACUCAGCACAAAGGCAGAUAAUAUAUUUAAUUCAUGUACAGAAAGGA